AUGGAUAACAACAAAUACGAAUCCCCGCAAGGCCCGCCUCCCAAUUACCCUCAGGUCCACCACGACGCUGGCCCCGUUCAGUCCCCUCCUCCCGUUGCUUCGCCCCACCCAUACUACCAACAACAGCCCGCCAGCGCGGAUUACUACGGCGGCUAUCCACCUCAGCAACAGGGACCAGGAAGCGGGUACUACCAGCAACAGCAAGGAGGAUAUUACCCGCCCCAGCAAGGAUACUAUGGCGGCCAACAGCAGCCCAUGUACUACCAGCAAGGUCAGCCGCCGCAGGGCUACUAUGCGGAUAACCGGGGAAGUGGUGCGGCAGAAGGUAUCUGCGCAGGAUUGCUCGGUGCGCUGGCCUGCUGUUGCUGCUUGGACUUUUUCUUCUAA